AUGGAGAUUGAUUUUGUAGCGUUGCGCACGAAGUAUCCAGUACUAGCAAAGAACUUUAUAGGAAACCAUUACAAUUUUGAUAAGCCAGGUGCUGUGUACGACUUAUCCGAGGUGAUAUUGAAAGAUGUGUAUGGAUUAACCAUUGAGUUGGAUCGUUUAAAGUUGUGUCCACGUAUUCCUAAUCGUAGAUCUUACUUGGAAUGGUGUGAGAAACGCUUUAAAGCUCAAUUAGAAGUUCAAUCGGAAAGAGAUCCUACCUCUACUGCUACAUUACCAGUGUAUAAUAUAGACAUUGGCACUGGAUCUAGUGCCAUUUAUGCUCUUCUUGGUGUGAAACUUGCACCCAAAAGUCGAUUUAUAGGUACUGAAAUCGAUUCAAACUCUAUAAAGCACGCCCAGAUCCAAAUUGAUCGUAAUAAUCUAAAUGAAAGUAUCACACUUGUAGAAAUUGAUAAUCCAAAUGAAAUAAUUCCUGAUUCACUACUACAAGCAAUCCCUCAAAAUUCUCAAGUGGGGUAUACUAUGUGUAACCCACCAUUCUAUUCAACAUGGGAAGAGCUUGAGAGUCGAAAUAAGAUCAAACCAGAAAGGGCAAACAAGCUUCACGGUUCGGAGUCGGAGCUUUAUCAUGAAGAUGGAGGUGAAUAUGGGUUUAUAAAGAAAUACAUAGCUCAAAGCUUGGACAUCAAACACCCUGGAUUUAAAAAUACAUGGUUUACUUGUCAACUUGGAUUGGAGGAAACCGGAAUUAAACUUAAAAGACAUUUGGAAUCCCUUUCCCAAAGAGGUCAAAUUGAAGACUAUAUCAUACAUGAAUUGGAACAUCCAGGGAUUACCAGACGUAAUGUAGUCGCCUGGGCAACAAACAAUCUAUACCGUUGGUCAUUUAAAAGCAUUUCUAUUAUGAACGAUCUAGAAUUGGUGUAUGACAAGUUAGUAACCUUCAAAUUCGUAAAAUCAUGGAAGUCCAAAUGUAACAGCAACGUAUAUAUUGAGAGUGAGUUUCCAGUAUGGACUAGAAAAUUUUCCCGUAUGGUCCGAUUUCAAUCAGAUAAGAUUCUGAAGUUGAAGCCGCAACCAAUGAUUGUGCGAAUAUCUCUGGAUGAAAUAGUCUGGAUAUACGGAAAUGACAAGUAUUCAUGGGAGACCUUUAUCACAUGGAUUGAACGAUUCCGAAAACGGCCAAGGCCAGAAAUAUAA